AUGCGUGUAUAUUUCGACACGCACCCAUUCCAGCUGCUCCAUCUUUUUGAACGAUUCCCACAUUUCGAACCAAUCCUCGAGCUCCGUCUUGCCUCUCCUGGGUACAUAUCGCCGCCACAACCCCCUCCUCUCAUCCUCAUCUCGGCAUGGUGGCCGAUCAGUCCCGGGUGUAUAGUGUGUGUACUUUAUUUUCCUGAUGAACGGCGCUCCCUCGGUGGCAGCAAGCAUCGAAACGUAGUCUGGUUGACACACAACGAAUUCGUUGAUGCUGUACAGAAUGGGAAGGGCCUCGGCAUGUGUACGGGAACAGGUCAAGAGCAGACUGAUGCGGCGGCUCGGGGGUUCCAAGCUGGGUUCUAA